AUGGGCAACUACAUCUCAUGCAGGCUGUCAGCUAAUACUGGAGGAGGAAAGCAUUGCAGAAAAUCAGGUGCAGUGACCAAGGUGGUGGUUCCGAGCGGCGAAAUUAGAGAGUUGAAUGAGCCGGUAAAGGCCGCGGAGGUGAUGCUCGAGACCCCAAACUUCUUCCUGGUAAACACAAAGUGUCUCCAUAUGGGCAGGAGGUUCUCUGCUCUCAAUGCCGAUCAGGACUUGGAGAUGGGCAGCGUUUACGUCAUGUUUCCCAUGAAGAGGCUCAACUCUACUGUCACAUCGUCUGACAUGGCUGCCUUGUUCCUCACCGCCGUUGCCACUCCAAAACCCAGACGGAAGCUUUCGGGUGGCAAGGUCAGGGUGCAGCCUGCUGACAAUGAUCAUCAUCACGAUCAAACCCCGAUCACUAAUAAGAUGGCGUGGCAAGAGGCAGUAGACGAGGGACCAAAGAUAAAUCUGGAUGAUAUCGAAGACUUCUCGGCUCCAGAGUUCAUGCAUCGAUUAUCCAUGAGUAGGUCUAAGAAGCCAUUGUUGGAGACCAUAACAGAAGAGCCUUUCAGUGUUUGUUCAAGGUGA